UAAACGAAAGCAAAAGCAAAAGUUCCUCAAGGAAAGAGCAGCCAAAAUGAUGACCAAGUUGAGCCUUUGUCUUUGCCUCUUCAUCGGCCUGGCACAGGCGCGCAUUGGCUACUUCUGGCACAUUAGCGAUCUCCACUUGGAUACCAUUUACUCCACCCAGGGUGACAUCUAUCGCAGCUGCUGGCAGCUGGAGCGACCCGUCUCCAGCUCCAGUUCCGGCUCCAAUGCAAAUGCAGCGAGUGAGGAUCCUGGCAUGUUUGGGCACUACAAUUGCGACAGUCCCUGGCGCCUGGUGGAGUCCGCCGUGAAGACCAUGAAGGCCAAGCAGGGUGACAAUGUUGAGUUUGUACUCUGGACUGGCGAUGCGCUCUCACACUCCGCCCAGCCGCUGUCCGAGCAAAAGCAGCACGAGAUCUUGCGCAACAUCACAGAUCUGCUGGGACGCAGCUUCUCAUCGCAGUUCAUCUUUCCGGUGUUGGGUCACGAGGAUGGCAGCGCCAAUUACCAAAAGAUGGGCGAACUCUGGCGCCACUGGCUGCCCUCGGAGGCGCUGGUGACCUUCGACCAGGGCGGCUACUACUCCAUCGAGCAGACAAAGAGCCGCCUGCGCAUCGUGGCACUCAAUACGAACUUCAUGCGUUUGGAUCAUGAUCCACCGGAUGCCAAGGCAUCGCACAGCCUGCGCUGGCCGGUGGAGUACUAUGCGGAGCCCAAGGCCAGCGUUAGCUCCAUGUCCGCACAGGAGGAGGUGCUGGCCGAACAGCAGUGGCUGUGGCUGGAGGAGGUGCUGUCCAAGUCGCGGGAUAAACAGGAAACGGUCUACAUUGUGGGCCACAUGCCGCCGGGUGUGGAUGAGCGACAUCUGGGUGCGCAGCAGCACAAUCAGUUAAUCUUCACGGAGCGCAACAAUCGGAGAUAUUUGGAGAUGGUGCGACGCUAUGCAUCGGUCAUACAGGGACAGUUCUUUGGCCACCUGCACUCGGACACUUUUCGGCUGUUCUACGAUGCUCAAGGCCAACCCAUCUCGUGGCUGAUGAUUGCCCCCUCGAUUGUGCCACGUAAAGCGGGCAUUGGCGCCUCCAACAAUCCCGCCCUGCGGCUCUACAAAUUCGAUACGGGCAGCGGCCAGGUGCUGGACUACAGCCAAUUCUGGCUGGACCUGCCACUGGCCAAUCGUGCCCAGGAGCCACUCUGGCAGCCCGAAUACAAUCUGACACACUACUACGCCCUGUCCGAGAUCUCUGCGCUGGCAUUGCACAAUUUUGCGGAGCGCUUCACGGGCACCGAUGCCUCCUGGUUCACCAGAUACCACCGCGCGAAUGCCGUGCGAUAUCAGUCUGGUACGCCCUGCCAGGGCCUGUGCAUGCUCAAUCAUUACUGCGCCAUCACGCGCCUCGACUACGACGAGUUCCGGCUGUGCCUGGAGCAGGAGCAGCUGCCAUUGCAGGGCCGUUCGGCCAUGUCCGCACUGCCAUCAUGUCCAUGGUGGUGCUGCUGUCUGUUGGCUGUGCUUUUUUAUGGCCUGCAAAGCAUGUUGUGGGGUAGCAGCAGCAGCAGCAGCAGCAGCAGAGGGCAAUGCAGCAGCAACACCCGCAACCAGCGAAUUUAAGCGUUUCUCGUUUAAGCCAGUAACAUAUCAAAAAAGAAAAAAGAAUAGUG